UUAUUAUGGAUUUUUAUUAAUGAUAAACUUUAGAUAACAAUAUGAUCUUUUUAUAAUUUUUAUUUCUUGAGAAAAUUUUGAGGCCUCUUACACCCAAAUAUUGUUAGUUUUUAAUUAAAUUCAUUAUUAGUGACUGAUUUCCAUUUAAAACCUUAAGAAGUGAAUAUAUUUUGGAUAUUUUUAUUAAUAUAAUUAUCUUAAUGUUUCAAAGAAAGUCUUAUUUCUUCACAAUCAUCAUUUUAGAAUAUAUAAUAUAAUAUUUUUUAUAUCAUUUCGGAAAGAUCUUCCCUUUAUUUAGCACUUAUAUGUACUAUCCCUAUUCUAUUAUGUAUAAUACUUUCUUUAUUUAUUAUUAUUAGACCAAUUAUUUAUUGAUUUUAUUUUACGUAUUCUAGAUAGCCUAUUUAUUAUGUAUUUUUUAUUAAAUUUUACAGUUUUUCAUAUUCAAAUUCUAUAGUUUUUUUUAUUCUUGAUCUUCAAAUUGUUAUAUGUAUUCUUUUAAAUAGUUUAAUAAUUCAGUUUCUGUCUUUGUACCUUCUAUUAAAUAUUUUUGCUCUACUUUUUUUUCUUGUUAUAUUUACAUAUUUUCUUCUAUUUUUUCUUCUGUUUUUUCUUCUGUUUUUUCUUCUAUCUUUUCUUCUAUCUUUUCUUCUGUUUUUUCUUCCAUUUUUUCUUCUGUUUUUUCUUCUAUUUUUUCUUCUGUUUUUUCUUCUGUUUUUUCUUCCAUUUUUGUUUUUUCUCUUAUUUAUUUUUCUAUUUUUUCUCCUAUUUUUUCUCUGUCAUUUUUCUCGUUUAUCUCUUUUGUUUUUUAUUCCAUUUUUUCUUCUGUUUUUACUUCUUUUUAUCCUUGUGUUUUUUCUUCUUUUUUUUCUACUGAAUUUUCAUGUUUUUUGUUUUAAAGAUUUUCUUAUAUCUUCUAAUGUUUUAAUUCUUUUAUCGAUGCUCUUUAUGAUUUUAAUUCAGAUUUUUAUAUUUAUUUUUAGUUUUUCAAAUUACUUAUACUUUAUUCUUCUUAAUUAAUAUUUUUCUUUGAGUUUUCAUCUUCAUUUUAAAAUUAAAUACCAGAAUAAUCAUUUUACUUAUUAUUUAAUUAUUCUUAAUUUAAGUUUUGAGUACUUUAAGCUGGAGUAAUAGUUUUUUUUGAAGAAUUUAAUUUAUAAAAUUUUUAUUAUUAUAUUUUAGGUGAAAUACAUAUUCUUCUAGAUUAAAAAGAGCCUUUUUUAACAUAAUGGUUAGCCAAAUGAGGCACUAUUUAUUCUUUUUCAUUAGCAAUUAUUGGUAAAAGCAAUUAUAUCCUUUUUUAUAAAUGUUUAGAUAUGAAAUGGAAGGUCAUUUAUGUAUUUUGUUAUGUCAAGGAAAUAAAAAAAGGAUCAUAACUAUUUUAAAAAUCAAAAUUUUAUUAAAGAAAAGUUGAAUUAUAAACAAAACUUGAAUCUUAUUUCAUUUUAAGUAUAUAAUUUUUAUUUUCAUAAAUAAAAGAGAUUAUUAGAGAUGGAUUUUAGAGUAUUUGUAUGAAAUUUUAUCUCCAAAUUUAUAUACAUUCAAGUACAUUUAUUGAAGAGAUUCUUAAUUAAGUUAUAUAUUACGAACACUAUUUUUAUUUUUAUAUUUAUAUAUAAUAUUUAAUAUUACUUUUUCUAAAUCUUAUUGUUAUAUAUAUUAUUCUAGUUAUUUUAAAUACGUUUCUCGCUGUUUUAUUUAAUAGAUACAGUUUUGGAUUAAAGAUUAUUCUUUUUUUAAAUCUUAAAUUUCAUUUUCAAUAAAUUAUUAUGCUAAUUAGGGAUUUAAUUAUUUGCACGUAUGGGAGAAAAUUUAACGGUGAUUUUGGGGUAUAUCAUAUUGUUACCAGAGCUAUUUUAGAUUUUGAAAUUAAGUCUGCAAAUUUU